AUGUCGGACAGCACGGGCAAUAAGGGCGACCCGGCGGUCACUACGCCGGUUCCUCCCAUCGAACCUCUACAACCACUUGCUGUCCCCGGUUUAUCAUCGGAGUCCACAGAGGCCUUGAAUACUACUCCACGCCUGGACAGUACGAGUGAUGAGACCCAGGAACUGAGUCUGACAGAUGGCAAAUCAGCGAAUGUCGCCGAAGCCCCCACAGCAACACAUGCCUCGCAGCAGAACCCCAGCGAUGCUCCGUCUGCCAGCGCAUCGGCUGGCGAUCACGGUGAACUGAAAGCUCCAGUAGCCGCGGGCGAGGCUUCCCCUCAGAAUGUAAAGGAAGAGGACGACUCGGGACCACAGCUUGUCAUCACUCUAUUGUUGAUCACUGGCUCCCGGCACCCGUUCAAGAUUGAUGCUAAAUAUCUCAAGAAGCAACAAGUCAAUGUUGAAAACCUGGAUCCUUUCGCCAUGAGCGUGUAUACACUGAAGGAACUGAUCUGGAGGGAAUGGCGACAAGAAUGGGAGACACGGCCGUCCUCGCCUAGUUCGAUUCGAUUGAUCUCCUUUGGAAAGCUCCUGGACGACAAGUCCCCAUUAUCAGGUACGGCAGUCCCUACGAGCCUCAAUCGUGUCUCCAUACUGACUAUCCUAGACUGCCGAUUUAACCGAGAUGCUCCUAAUGUGGUGCACAUGACCGUAAAGCCCCAAGAGAUCGUGGACGAAGACGAUGCCAAGGGAGCCAAGGCCCAAUACACCCGUGAACGCGAAUCCAGCGAGCGUAGCCCUGGAUGUCGCUGCAUCAUUCAAUGA